GAGCCCGGCCGUAGAGGAAGUGAUCUGCUGCUGCCGCUGCACCCACGUGGGUUGCAUACAUACAUAGCUGCUGCAGAUGGCCUGUGCCCCUGAAUUUUGCCCAUAAAGGAUGGCCCUGCCCGCGUGUCAGAGAAGUGGCAGAUGUUUACUUCCAUCUCUCAAUCAUUACGCUACUGUUUCAAAGGGACGGCACAAUUCGCUCACCGCGUCCUUCCGGCCACUAAGGAAUAAUAAUCCUGUUUCUGCUCAUCGAUUUUUCCAUCAAUAUAUUAUACCGCAGAACUCGGCGAGGAACAGCACUGUGCGGUGGAGAGCGGGAUAUGCUCAGUAUUGCUCUCAGGGUGGUGUACAGGCCAGUCACCCAGAAUGUCAUCUGCCUGCCAUCAGCCAAAACCAACAGACUCUUGUGAUACCCAGAGUGGAUGUGGACACACGCCCAGAAGAAUUGGAGGAUGUUCCAGAUUUGUCACCUUUGGAAGUGCUCACAGAAGAGGAAGCCGGCCUGAUAGAGCCACAUAUUCCAGUCCCACCAGACUCCCUUACCCUUCAGGACUAUGUGGACCACUCAGAAACUCUACAGAAGCUCGUUCUGCUCGGUGUGGACUUAUCCAAGCUAGAGAAGCGACCCAACGUGGGAACUUUCCUUCUGAAGUUAGACUUUGAGAAGGAUAUAAGUAAAAUCCUCUUAUUCCUAAAAGAUCUUGGUUUAGAAGACAGCCAGCUGGGGCCGUUCCUGACCAAGAAUCCCUUCAUUCUCCGUGAAGAUAUUGACAAGCUGCACAAAAGGGUCGCUUACCUGAGCUCCAAAAAAUUCAGCAAGAGUGCAAUCACUCAGAUCGUCGCCCGAGCCCCCUACUUGCUGAACUUCUCUGUGGAUAGACUGGAUAAUCGCCUGGGCUUCUUCCAGAAACAGCUGGGACUCAGUGCAGAGAAUACCAGAGAUUUAGUAACCCGUCUCCCCAGAAUGGUAACUGGAAGUCUUGAACCUGUAAAGGAAAAUCUAAAGGUUUUCGAAAUAGAACUGGGAUUCCGUAAAAAUGAAAUACAACAUAUGGCACUGAAGGUUCCUAAAAUGUUAAUUGCGAAGAAGACGACACUUACGGAAACCUUUGAUUUCGUGCACAAUACAAUGGAGAUUCCCCAACACUUGAUCACUAAUUUUCCACAGAUAUUUAACAGCAGUCUGUAUAGAAUUAAGGAAAGACACCAGUUUCUUACCUUUCUGGGAAGAGCAAUCUAUGACCCGACAAAGCCCAACUAUGUCUCCUUAGAUAAGCUGACAUCUAUGCCCAACCACAUUUUCUGUGAAGAAGUUGCCAAGACUUCCAUACAGGACUUUGAACAGUUCCAAAAAUCCAUGUGAAGUGGCUCUGACACAUCUAUUGCUCUUAUUAAACACGUUUAUGUAUUA